AUGGGAAUGGAAAUUGAUUGCAACUGUUCAUUCAAAGAGAAGUGGAGGUUGGUGGAGGAAGCGAUUGCCGAAAUCUACCUCCAAGUCCUAGACGAAAAUCCUGGACCUCCUCCUCUCUGCCAUGAUUCCGGAUGGUAUCAGGGUAGAGCUAAACUCAUCGCCUGCGAGGACCAUAGGUCAGCCCAGCUCUAUAGGUUGGCCGUUAGUAAGGUAGGUGAAGUUUGGCCGGGAGCCAAGCUCGAGGCCGUCAACAAGGAAGACAUUCCUAGCAGACCGAGGGCUCGAGUUUGGAUUCCGGCCAGACCCGCCGAGCCUGAAAGAAUUGAGCGGAUCUUCAGAUCCUGUAAUAAGGACCUGCCAAGUCAUAAUUGGAGGGUAGGGAAGAUAGAGGAGCCAGUAGAGAAUAGAAGACAGGUGUUGCUGAUCCUCAACGCCGAAUCGCUAGCCCCACUGGCGCAAAAGGAUUGGACGGUGAGAUUCGGGUUCAAUGACGCAACCAUUCGAAUCUACCGCAGCGACGAGCCGAGCUUGGACCUUAGUGAGGAGAGCGACAAGUCCGGCCUGCGCAGCGGUGGUGAAGAAGGGUUGCCCAGCAGCCAAUGCUCAUCUGACUCGGAGAGGCUAUCCGGAUUGGGGCCAUUAUUUUAUGAAGAAGACCUCCUCGCCGAUGACACCGAGGGUGAGGAGAUCGAAGAGGCGGACGUGGAUGUCACGAUGGUGGAGGUAAAACGGACAGAUUCUGAUGAAGCUGAUCCAGAUCAACCUCCACCACUCUAAACUCGCGUCUGCGAACCUUGAGGUCCGCCUGGCUGCCGGUGGACUCGACGUUGCCCUCAUCCAGGAACCGUGGAUACACGGCAAUAAAAUCUGCGGACUUGGGAUGAAGGGCUUUAAGCUUAUUGCCGCACAAAAUGCAGCUUAGUGACGGCGAUCUGGUAGUGGCAAGCAUUGAGCUGGACAAAACCAGCUUUUGGGUAGCCUCUGCCUACAUGGCCCAUGACAAGGA